GACGCGGGACCAUUUGGUGGGCAGGACUUCCGGCGGAGAAGCGGACUGUCCUGGAAACUCAGAGCCGGGUUCCGCCUGGGUGUCUCCCUGCGGCUCCUGGGCUGGUGUUUAGACUGUUGUGAAGAUGGCUUGCGCUGCCGCGAGUUCCCCAGCCGACCAGGACAGGUUUAUUUGUAUCUAUCCUGCUUAUUUAAAUAAUAAGAAGACCAUCGCAGAGGGAAGGCGAAUCCCCAUAAGUAAGGCUGUUGAAAAUCCUACAGCUACAGAGAUUCAAGAUGUAUGUUCAGCAGUUGGACUUAACGUAUUUCUUGAGAAAAAUAAAAUGUACUCUAGAGAAUGGAAUCGUGAUGUCCAAUACAGAGGCAGAGUCCGGGUCCAGCUAAAACAGGAAGAUGGCAGCCUCUGCCUUGUACAGUUCCCAUCACAUGGAGUCUCGCUCUGGCUGGAGUACAGUGGCGCGAUCUCGGCUCACUGCAACCUCCGACUCCUUGGUUCAAGCGAUUCUCCUGCCUCAGCCUCCUGAGUAGCUGGGACUACAGGCAUGUGCCACCACAUCCAGCUAACUUUUGUAUUUUUGACAGAGACGGGGUUUCACCAUGUUGGCCAGGAUGGUCUCGAUCUCUUGACCUCGUGAUCCACCCACCUCGGCCUCCCAAAGUGCUGGGAUUACAGGCAUGAGCCACUGCCCCCAGCCUGAUUUUUUUAAAAUAGAGAGACAAGGGUCUCACUGUGUUGUCCAGGCUAGUUUCAAACUCCUGGCUUCAAGCAAUCUUCCCAUCUUGGGGAGAUCCCAAAAUGCUGAGAUUACAGGCGUUAGCCACCAUGCCCAGCCAGCAUGUUUGAACUUUUAUUUUUAAAGACAAGGUCUCACUCUGUCACCCAGGUUGACUGCGGUGGCACGAUUAUGGCACACUGCAGUUUUUUUUCUUUUUUUUUUUUUGAGACAGAGUUUUGCUCUUGUUGCCCAGGCUGCAGUGCAAUGGCGUGAUCUUGGCUCACCAUAACCUCCGCCUCCCGGGUUCAAGUGAUUCUCCUGCCUCAGCUUCCUGAGUAGCUGAGAUUUCAGGCAUGAGCCACCAGACCCGGCUCAUUUUGUAUUUUUGGUAGAGAUGUAGUUUCUCCAUCUUGGUCAGGCUGGUCUCGAACUCCUGACUUCAGGUGAUCUGCCCACCUUGGCCUCCCAAAGUGUUGGGAUUAUAGGUGUGAGCCACCGCGCCCGGCCAACACACUGCAGUCUUGACUUCUUGGGCUCAAGCAACCCUCCCGCCUCAGCUUCUCAAGUAGCUGGGAAAAUAGACACAUGAUUUUUUAUUUUUUCUAGAGAUGGGGUUUUGCUAUGUUUCCUAAGCCAGUCUCAAACUGGUGGACACAAGUGAUCCUCCUGCCUCAGCCUCCCAAAGAGCUGAGAUUACAGACAUGACCCACUGGGCUCAGCCUAAAAUUGAUUGUUUUUUAUAUACUAAAAGCCAUCAGGAUUGGUAGGUAUUGCUAGAUGCUUCAAGUUGUGUCUAAGGAGUGACAGUAUAUUCUGAUGUUUUUUCUCCUUAACAUUUUCCUAUAUUGUAUCUCAAAAGACCAAAAACAAACAAAAACUUGUAAUUAACUAGUAGAUAAAAUAGGGGUAGAAAUUGUGGUGAGAACAUGUCACUUCCUAUUUCCAGUAAGACCCAAGUAAGAUAGUAAAAAGAAAGCAGAGCUGAGGAGCUUGUUCUGUUGGGGGUGAAGGUAGCUGGUUGUAGGUGUGCAGAGCAGGAAUGCAUGUAAGUGUAGAUCAUCUGAUCUUACCCAUCAGAUCUCUUGUAACUUGAUGAUACUGUUUUUUUGUUGUAAGACUGAGAAAGCCCUGUGUUUCAGUGUCUUAAGAUACAAUGAUAUUCUGACUCUGUUUCUACCUGAGGUAUAUUUGGAUACAUACUGCUUAGAUCUUCAAGCUGAUUACUAGGACCAAGACCAAAAUUUCUGUUUCAUACGUAGUGUUUUGCCUUUUGAUUUUAUUCAUUUAAAUAUUUUCAGCAUUAUUCUCAUUCUCAGUACAUUUCCCCCGACUUGAGCUAGUCAGUGUCUUCAGUCAUUUGAUUUUUGAUUUUUUUAAAAAAUUAUUUUCCGUUUUCUUGAUGUGGUAGUUUCUUACACUUUGUGAUAUUCAAUUUGAUGACUUUUUAUGUCUUAUUUCUCAGAUUAUACACUAAGCCUAACUUCUGGUUCCUAGGUAAGUCAGUAAUGUUGUAUGCAGCAGAAAUGAUACCUAAACUAAAAACAAGGACACAAAAAACAGGAGGUGCUGACCAAAGUCUUCAACAAGGAGAGGGAAGUAAAAAAGGGAAAGGAAAGAAAAAGAAGUAACCUAGUAUCAGCAUCAAGUAUGUGGUACUACUGUAAGAGACAUGAAUGGAGACUUCUAAUUUGUAUCGGAGGGAAACAGAAACUUUUUGUUUGCAUCAUUUAACUGAACUGUGAAACCUUGUGCCUCUCAUCUUUAUCAUCGGAGUUGACAGUGAAACAAAUUUACAUCAGAAGUUUGCAUCUCGCUUUUAUGCCGUAUAAAAUAAUUUUUUUGUCUUUCAGUGCAGUUUUUUGGAAGAAAAUAUUUUUAAAUGGACAGUGGGCUGUACAAUAAGUUACUUGAAAUAAGUUACUUGUUUCAGUUAAAUUUCAGUUAGAUUUAAAAUAAACAUUUUGUCCACCUUUUAAGUUAAUGAAAUAAAAUUUGAAACUGACUUUUGCAACUUUUGCUUAUGAACUAAUGCUAGGAGAGGAGGGAUAAUUAAGAAUAAAAUAUGUAGUGAAAGUUUCCAUAGUGUGAGCCUAAAACUAGAAGAAACUGUGGUAGGUCCUUUUGUGGGUGGGGGACAGGGGAAUCUGUAAAAAGCCAGUCUGUAGAUCAUAUUUUAAUGUGUUACUCGAAUCGUUCAGUUUUUUUUUGACAUGGAAAGUCCUGGAUUUUAAGCUUUAAAUUUGCUUAUUUUAUAGGUUUAAGAAUAUGAUUUUCAUGGGAGUUCUAAAAUUAACUGCUUUAGCACCUCGAGGUACACUUUCCUUCAAGAAAUUAAAUUGGAUUGGUGCUCCUGAAUUUAUUUCAGAGCAGUUUCUGAAAGUAGUGAUUUUGAGCUAUCCCGAUUCCUGUUCUUCCUGAGGCCUGGUUUAGCUCUUCCUUGAAUUCUGCAAGCUACCUCAUAUUUUCAUUAAAUUCCAUUUUUUUUUAAGUUUGUUUGUUUUUGAGACGGAGUUUCACUCUCAUUGCCAAGGCUGGAGUGUAAUGGCACGAUAUCGGCGCACCGCAACCUCUGCAUCCCAGGUUCAAGAGAUUCUUCUGCCUCAGCCUCCCUAGUAGCUGGGAUUACAGGCAUGUGCCACCACACCUGGCUAAUUUUGUAUUUUUAGUAGAGACGGGGUUUUUCCAUUUUGGUCAGGCUGGUCUCGAACUCCCGACCUCAGGUGAUCUGCCUGCCUCGGCCUCCCCAAAGUGCUGGGAUUACAGGCAUGAGCCACUGUGCCCAGCCUUCUUUAUGUUUUUAUUACUCACAGUCAAACAUUCCUAUUGAUUGUAAAAUAAGCAAACCUAGAGUUGUGGAGAUUGAUAUGUAUUUAUUUAUUUGAAUUGAGACGGGGUCUUAAACUCCCAGGCUGAAGUGAUGCUCCUGCCUCAACCUCCCAAAGUGCUGGGAUUACAGGCAUGAGCUAACUGGCCUGUUGACUUUUUUUUUUUAAACUCUAACAAUUUCUGUUUUAUAGUGAACAUAAUAGUAUAAGAGUUCAUGUAUUUGACUUACAGAUAAAUCCUGGGAAGAGGGGAGUAUGUGUAAAACAUAAUUCAGAGCAGCCUUCUUUGAGAAAGUGGAUGUGUUUGGCUGUGUAACAAAACAGUAAGGGGAUGUGUUUGCUGUGUAACAAACCAAUGAGGGAUUUAAGCAGCAGAUUUUUGCCUCAUAUGUUAAAUCCAAGUGAGGUUGCUGUGGUUGUUGGUUUAGCUCUCAGUGAUGCCUUUUUUGUAUUUUUCUGCUCUACUGUCCGUGACAUAUUUCUAACACCUUUAUGGUUAUUGUUCCUGCUUUUAAAAGGGCUGAUAUUUACGUGAGUGCAAGGCAGGAAGAAAAGGUAGCUGUGCCAGCCACUUCUGGCAAGCAGUUCUCCCACCUCAGCCUCCCAAGUAGCUGAGACCAUAGGCAUGAGAUUUCUCAAAAUUCCUCCCAGCAGGCUUUCACUUAGUUUCAUCGUUGAGAACUGUGACAGGUCCAUCUCUAGCUGCAAAGGAGGCUGAGAAAGUGAACCCAGCAGUCCUCCUUAUCCUUGGGGAAUACAUUCCAAGAGUGGAUCCCUGAAACAGCAGAUAGUACUGAACCCUACAUAUACUAUGUUUUGGCCUAUUUAUAUAUACUUGAUAUGGUUUGGCUGCGACCCCACCCAAAAUCUCAUCUUGAAUUAUAAUCCCCCAAUCCCUAUGUGUUAAGGGUGGGACCAGGUGGAGAUAAUUGGAUCAUGGGGGCAGUUUCCCCUGUGCUGUUCUUGAGAUAAUGAGUGAGUCUUACGAGAUCUGUUGGUUUUCAUAAGUGCCUGGCGUUUCCCCUGCUUGCAGUCACUCCAUCUCGCCGUGCUGUGAAGGUGCCUGCUUCUCCUUUGCUUUCUACCAUGAUUUUAAGUUUCCUGAGGCUUUCUAGCAAUGCGGAACUGUGAGUCAAUUAAACCUGUUUCCUUUAUAAUUGCCCAGUUUUGGAUAUUUCUUCAUAGCAGUGUGAGAAUGGAUUAAUACAUACCUAUGAUAAAGUUUAUAAAUUGGACACAGUAACAGAUUAACAAUAAAAUAGAACAGUUGUAACAAUAUACUAUAAUAAAAGGUAUGUGGCAA